GUUUACCAACGAUGCUACCAUAAACUGUUGCCGUUCGUGCAUGCGGCCACUCCGAGUUGGCAUGCACCCUACUGGAAACUCUCCGAGCCACCUAUUGUACCGAAAAAGUCCGCCUUCCAACUUGAUGACAACACGAAGCUCCGCACCCACUCUUUUAUCUCCUUCAACAUCAUUGGACUCUCUAUUUUCGGUAUUGGACAUCAGUCACAAGAUGUGCUCGCUUGAACUGAGCUCCUGCGGCACUGUCACCACUUGUAUUUCAUCCUUCUCGUGUGCACUUAGCCAUACCAUUUAUAUCUGCUCUGUCUAUUCCCUGUACAUUUUUAAAUUGAGCACUUUACUGAAAGCAUAUAUGCUCAUCGGGUUGUGUAUAAAAGUGUACCACCAUGUUGUUUUUCUAUCGUGUAGCCAUGAUGAUGAAAAUAAAACAUCGAAUUUAAAAGGUCUAUCGGUGCAAAUGAUGCCUUGUGCAAGCAUUUACACUUGCAUUGUUUUCGCAAGCACUAGGCAGCAAGGCUUAAAAAGCGGCCUGUAUUUGCGAGUCAAACUGCAUCUCACUGGUAUUUCAGCAAGUGUGGGCGCUCAAAUAGCUAAUGAAGCAGUUCUAGAAUCAGCCAUAAUUUUACUUUGCAACAUAAUUUAUCCUCGUUAUGCAUGAGC